AUGUUGGUUCUUUUUUCUUCUGUUCCUAAUGCGCAUUUUCUUUCUUUCCUUAACGUUCCUUUUUCUUUCUUUCUUUCUUUCUUUCUUUCUUUCUUUCUUUCUUUCUUUCUUUCUUUCUUUCUUUCUUUGCCUUGCUAUAUUUGCUGUUCCGUUAUUCUUUAUUUUUAUUUCUUUAUAUUAUUAAUUCUUUAUAUUAUUAAUUCUCUAUUUUUCUUCCCCUCUUUUUUUUUCUUUCUUUCCUUCUUUCUUUCUUUCUUUCUUUCUUUCUUUCUUUCUUUCUUUCUUUCUUUCUUUGCUUUUGUUCCGUGUGCGUUAUUAUUGUCUUUCUUUCCUUUCUGCCUUUUCCCUCUCUUCUUUCUUUCUUUCUUUCUUUCUUUCUUUCUUUCUUACCUAGUUUUUUUCUUUCUUUCAUUUUUUCUUUCAUCUCUCUUUCGUUUUUCCCAUAUUUCGUUCCGUGUUCUUUCUUUCUUUUUUUCCUUCUUCCUUUCUUUCUUGCUUUCUUAA